AUGGCCGGCUCUGCAGCAGAGGAGAAAACCUUCCGACGGUUCCUGGAGCUCUUUCUUCGGGAGAUGAGAAUGCCUCUGCAGGACAGCGACCCGGUGCCGAUGCGCCCCUUGACGGACCUGGUGUCUGAGGACGAGGUGGAGGGGGAAUGCCUCGACCUGUGUCUCCAACACCUCUACAAAUAUAACUGCCCGUGCUCCCUGGCUGCAGCCCUGGCCAGAGCCACAGCAGACAGCGUUGUGAAGGCUGACCUCUCCAUCCACCACCUGAUUAAGGCCGUAGAAGAUGGCACACACACACACUCACUCACACACACUCACACACACUCACAGAUGGAGUCUGUGAAGCUGGCCCGGGUGGUGUUUAACAGACUGUUUGAGAUGUGCUGCCUCUGGCUGAAGGAGUUUCCCUUCCGCCGCCGCCCACAGCCAUACUAUGAAACUUCCAUCCACGCCAUCAAGAACAUGAGGCGUAAGAUGGAGGAUAAGCAUGUCAUCAUCCCAGACUUCAACACACUCUUCAAUGUUCAGGAUCAGGAAGAACAGGCUUUCUUUGCCGUGUUUGAUGGUCAUGGCGGUGUUGACGCUGCCAUUUAUGCUGCCAAUCACCUCCACGUCAACUUAGUUCGUCAGGAAUCUUUCAGCCAGGACCCCGGCGAGGCACUCUGCAGGGCCUUCAAACUCACCGACGAACGCUUUGUGAAGAAGGCCUCACGAGAGAACCUGCGUUGUGGCACAACAGGUGUGGUGACGUUCCUGCGGGGCCAGACGCUGUAUGUGGCCUGGCUGGGAGACUCCCAGGUCAUCCUGGUCAGGAGAGGACAGGUUGUGGAGCUGAUGAAACCACAUAAACCAGACAGAGAGGAUGAGAAGCAGAGGAUCGAGGCUCUGGGAGGCUGUGUAAUCUGGUUUGGCACAUGGAGGGUCAAUGGCAGUUUGUCUGUAUCCAGAGCAAUAGGGGACUCAGAGCACAAACCCUACAUCUGUGGUGAUGCAGACCAUAGUAUCUUCCCACUGGACGGUUCAGAAGACUACCUGAUUCUGGCCUGUGAUGGCUUCUGGGACACAGUGAGUCCAGAUGAGGCGGUGCGGGUAGUCAGCGACCACCUCCAGGAGAACACUGGAGACACCACCAUGGUGGCCCACAAGCUGGUGGCCUCUGCCCGUGAUGCAGGCUCUAGUGAUAAUAUCACUGUGAUAGUGGUCUUCUUGCGGGACCCACGCUCCCCAGCACCCACCAGCACUGAGGACGAGGAGGAGGGUGUGGUGGAGGGACAGGUGGAGGAGGAGGAGGCAGCGGAAGUGGAGGAGGAGGAACAGGAGGAGGAGGAGGAGGAAGACGAGGCAGUCAGGGCAGAGCGUGAUGGUGGAGAGGGAGGCAGCACUGCGGACAUCGGGGGGAAGGGUCGCGGAGGCUGGCCCCUGCAGCAGUGCUCGGCCCCCGCUGACCUCGGCUAUGAAGACCGAACGGACUCGUUCACGGACAGAACUAGCCUCAGCCUGCUGGGGCCAUCGCUGGAGGGCCGCAUCUCCCUGACCCAGGGCUCACGGCAGCCCUGCUCCGACUUUAGUCCUGACCUCUUCACAGCCUCCCGCAUCUACCAAGAAGAACGCCCACUGAGGCGCAGGUCCUGUAUCCCUUUUCAGGAGUCCAGCAUCUCUAGCUUCACGGACCCACUCUGGCCCCAGACAGCCAUGCUGUUGGGGCAGGCAGUGAGGCGAAGCCGCAGGCAUGGUUAUGGUAGUCGCUUAUGGAGCCGUAGGUGGCCAGGCAGAUCUAGGGAGCUGUUAGGCCUGUCACCAUCUGGCCACUUGCUGCCCUACACGCAGCGCUACUCCAAUCGGAAGCCUGGAGUGGCAGUGCCUCAACUGCCCUAUGAUGCCACCAUCUGA